AUGACGUCAAGCGCAGCGGUGAAAGCGGCCAAGCUCCAAGUGACCCCACGCAGAUGGCACGCUCGCGGGCACGCCGAUCACGGCUGGCUCAAGACCUUCCACACCUUCUCCUUCGCCUCGUACUAUGACCCGGACCACAUGUCGUUCUCCAACCUUCGCGUGAUCAACGAAGACCGCGUUGCCUCCGGAACCGGUUUCGGCGCCCACCCGCACCGCGAAGCCGAGAUCUUCUCCGUCGUGCUCAAGGGGUCGCUCGAGCACAAGGAUAGCAUGGGCAACACCGAGAUCCUCCGCCGCGGCGAUGUGCAGUUCACCUCGGCCGGAACGGGGAUCCGUCACAGCGAGAAGAACGGCGGUAAGGACACCUGCCACUUCCUCCAGAUCUGGUACACCCCCGAUGUCAGCGGUUUGAAGCCGAGAUACUACACAACCUCGGCUACCGACGAGAUGAAGCGAAACACGCUCAAGACGCUCAUCAAACCCAUCUCGACCUUCUCUCCCGCUGAAGCUGAGAAGACCGGGUUGCUACCAGCCGGUUCCCCCAUCCCUUCCCACUCGACGCUCGUCACGCGCACCUCGAUCCUCACCCCCGGCUCCAGCGUCACGCACAUCCUCGGCGCAGACUCCGCCGCAGAUUCCGGCUCCGAACGUUGGUGCUACAUCCACCUCGCCCAAACCUCCGGCUACAAGGACCCCGACUUCCCAGACAUGGGCAUCAAGAACGAAGCCGCCAUCACCUUCAGCGAUGGUAAGCACAACCAGUAUACGCUCAAGGAAGGCGAUGGUGCGUACAUCAAGGGUGGCAAGGCGGGUGAUGCUAUCGAGAUCAAGAGCGAAGGUGGGAAGGACGCCGAAUUUGUGCUGUUCGACUUGAAGCCUCAGGGCGGCAGCUCGUUUUGGUGA